UAUUGAACAUAGUCACAAGGUAUAUCUUAAUUUCUUUCUGUAGAUGAUACUGACCUUCCAAUUAAUGGGUUAUCUUGUUUAGUCUCCCCUUGAAACAAUGGAAUGAAGAAACAAAGGGUGCUAACAUGAAGAUCAUUAGCUUAUAAAUUGGAAACACGUGCCAUCUCAACUCUGGAGCACCUGAUGAGAUAACUACUGGGAUUGAACAGAUUAAGCUGGCAAGGUAUGAAUCAUUCAGUCUAAUUGAAGACGGAGCACUAGCAAAACUGAAUCGGUAACCCAAUUCUUUCUUUUGCCCCUGAUCGAUGCUAAUGCAUAAGAAUGCAAAUUUUCUCUUUCUUUCUGCAAAUUGUGGUUGAUAGAAUCGAAUUAGUUUCCAACUAUUUGUGGAUGACAUGACAUGAUAAAAAUAGCAAGAAGGGAGUGGUAGUGAUGCUAUAAUGGUGUCAAUGUCGCACACUAUGGUAACCAUCGCAAGCCUCGGGAGAUGGUUUGGUUCAGGUUGAAUUAGAACAGAUCCGGAAUGCAUUCUGACCCAGUGACCCAAUGGAUCCGUUAAAGCUUGACCAGUAUCCGAUCCGACUAUUUUCCGGAUCCCGCCAAAAGUCCAAUACGGCGGUAGUAAGUAUCUCAAGCUUUAAUCUCUAUUUGGUUUCCCAGAAAAUGGAAGAAAUAUUCUUUGCUUUAAGAAAAGAGAUACUAAUUAUUAGUAGUCUUAAUUUGUUGAGGUUUUAGAUUUUUUUGGGUUAAAAGAACUUAUACUCAUGUAUUUUAGUAAGCAAUUAAAUUGUUUGUUUUUUAUUUUAGUAAAAACAAAAAAAAGAGGGUAACCAUUUAGUCUCCGUCAACCGCGGGACAUCUUAACACGAUAAUGCUAGGGUUUCCUUUCCGCGGCUCGCAUUUAAAUAGGGUCGCUCUCCAACUUCGACCUCUCUCUUGUUUACCAUAACCCUAUUCAGAGAAGAGGCGGCUUUGCUCGGACGGAGGGGACGAUGAGUUGUGGAGGCAGCGGUGGCGCGGCGGCGGUUGUGAAGGGCGGGAAGAAGAAGGGUUCCACCUUCGUCAUCGACUGCGCGAAGCCGGUGGAGGACAAGAUCAUGGGCAUCGCCUCCCUGGAGAAGUUCCUCCAGGAGCGUAUCAAGGUGUCCGGCGACAAGGUCGGGGCCCUUGGCAAUGCCAUCACUGUCACCCGCGACAAGAGCAAGAUUACCGUCACGUCCGAUGGACCUUUCUCCAAACGGCACUUAAAGUACUUGACAAAGAAGUACCUGAAGAAACACAAUGUUCGGGACUGGCUGCGAGUUAUUGCCUCUAACAAAGAUCGUAGUGUUUAUGAGCUGCGAUACUUCAACAUCGCAGAGAAGGAAGGGGAAGAUGAAGAUCGAUGAUGAUGGUGGUGCUUUACCAACUUUAAUUUUCGAGAUUUUUACAAGGCUCCAACUGUUGUGGUUUGUUAUGUUCAACCUUGGACCAAUUUUAUCAUUUCAAUUUCAGAGGAAUUUAUUUGCUAGUCUCCA